AUUCUCGACGAUUGUCCUCCUCCCUGGUGGGGUCGCUUCGGUUUCGCGCAUCGGGACCGUUGGGUGGGGGUGGUCCUCGGCGUCGACUGGAGUGAUAUACAAAGGCCAGCGCUUCACCGUUCACCUGGGCGAGGCGAGGCGAGACCAGCGGGAUGGCGAGUUCGGCGGCUGUGGACGUCUCCCAAUUCGAUCACACUCCUUAUUACUGUGAGGAGAAUGUCUACUUCCUUUGUAAGAAAUUGUGUGCAAAUGGGAUGGCUCAUCCUGAUGGAUCUGACCUUUAUAUCAUCUUCAUUUCUAACGACAAGAAGCAGACUGCGCUGUGGCAUCAGAAGGCCAGCAAAUUCACCGAUGGACUUGUGCUCUGGGAUUAUCAUGUCAUCUGUGUUCAGAGAAAAAGAGAUUCCUCUAUUGUGGUGUGGGAUCUGGACUCUGCCCUCCAGUUUCCUUCUCCCUUGGCUUUCUAUGUUUCAGAAACUACACGACCCUGGUUUCAGCUGUUUUCUGAGUAUCAGAGGUUCUUCCGCAUUGUGCAUGCUCCAAUAUUUCUACGUUGCUUUGCAUCUGAUAGAAGACAUAUGAAAGAGCCCGAUGGGACCUGGCAAGCUCAGCCUCCAGCAAAUGAUCCAAUUGUUGCUGAAGAUGGAACAGUGCACAAUAUGAAUGAAUACAUUGAGAUUAGGGCUGCCGAUGCUGUUGAAAAUGUGGAUGGCGAGUUGGUCAAUACAGUUCACUCCGAAAAACUUGGCAUUGUUAUAAAAGAAACUCAGGUGGAAGAAUUCUUUACGCACGCUACAUGAUGUAUGGCGAGUUCUUUUGUUCGAGAGGGCUUAUGGUACAGGUUGGACAAUUUCCUUUUUUGAUGGCAUUGCGUGGAUUCAGGUGGUGCGGUGCACUUAUGAGUGGACUUGCUAUCGUUGAGUAAACAGCAUUGGCGAGUUAAUUCUUGGAAGUGUUGCGAUGUGGAAAAGUGUAGGACUACACACCCGAAAACUGGGUUAAAUGUAGGCGAAAUUGAGUUUCUUGAUGAGAUUGGAUUUGGUUUCUUUGUUU